CAUUGUCAAUGCACAUGGACAGCAUCAACUGCAGUGUUGCCAGGCAGCCAUGGGCAUUAAAGGUUUGUUUCCAUACCUCGUGGAGGCUGCACCCAAGGCCUACAACACCUCAGAACUCAAGCGAUACACUGGACGACGGCUCGCUGUGGAUGCUUCCGGCUGGAUGUACCAAUUCCUGAGCAUCGUGCGCACCGGAGCCGCCGCCGAGAAUCUUCAGAACAACCAAGGUGCUGCCACGUCGCAUUUGCAGGGCUUUGUGUUCCGAGCCUUGAAGCUUCUGGAGGCCGGGGUGCAUCCGGUCUUCAUCUUUGAUGGCAAGCCUCCGGAGAUGAAGACGGCAGUGAAUCGAGCUCGCCGCAAGACACGCGAACACGCGGCCGAGGAGCAUGCAGAGGCAGUGGCCACUGGCGCUAGCAGUGAAACAGUCUAUAAGGCAGCAAGCCGAUCUACAGUCGUGACCAAAGAACAUAGUGAGCACACCAAAGAGCUCCUCCGUGCAAUGGGCCUUCCAGUGGUGGAAGCUCCAGGAGAGGCGGAGGCGACAUGUGCUCAACUCUGUAAGGAAGGCCAUGUCUAUGCUGCAGUGACAGAGGACAUGGACGUUUUAACUUUUGGAUCUCCUCGGCAGAUCAAGAACCUCUUUGAUGUGGAGGGCUCUAGGGCUCGUCAACCCAAACCUGCACAUGAAAUAGACUUGGAAAGGGUUUUGCAAUGCUUGUCAUACACUCAAGACCAAUUUAUUGAAUUCAGCAUUUUAUGCGGCUGUGACUACCUGCCGCACUUGCCACGCAUGGGUCCAAAAACAGCAGCACAACUGUUGAAGCGAGAGGGAUCACUCAAGGCAGUGGUGAGAGCAGUUCAGGCAGGAAAAGGGCCCAAAGGCUGCCUUCUCCCUGAUGAGUGGGACUGGGAAGCGGCCAAAAGGAUUUUUCAACAAGGUCCCAAAGAACUUGGAUCCUGUGAACCGAAUUGCGCAGAAGAAGCGCCCAACUUUGAUCGCAUGCGGUCCCUGCUGGUGGAGAAGCAUCAGUUUAACUCUUCCAGGGUUGAAAACAUGCUGGAUCGACUGCGCAAAGCCCGAUCCCCGGGCGGUGCCGCCUCUAGCCGUGGAAUCGAAAGCUUUUUCCAGGCACCUAAGAGGCCCCGCCUUUCACCGCCUGCGCCGCCAGCCAUUUUGGCGAGUUCUGACCCUGUGGUGAUCGAUGAUGAGAGCCAGGGCCUGGAGAUCCUGGAACCCACUUGGAAGUGUCCCAAGUGCACCUUUGCCAAUGAUGUGCAGCGAAGCUCUUGUGAGAUGUGUGAACAUCCACAAGAAGCCAAGGCAUGGCCAUUGAAGACUGCUGUGCAGCCCAUUGACUUGGAUGACUGAC